GACAUGGCCAGCGGGGGGCUGCAGGUCCUGGGCUUCGUGCUGGCCUUCCUGGGCUGGAUCGGCAGCAUCAUCAGCACCGCCAUGCCCCAGUGGAAGAUGGCAUCUUACGCGGGGGACAACAUCGUCACGGCCCAGGCGCUCUACGAGGGGCUGUGGAUGUCGUGCGCCAUGCAGAGCACGGGGCAGAUCCAGUGCAAGGUGUACGACUCGCUGCUCAAGCUGGAGGGCAGUCUGCAGGCCACUCGGGCUUUGAUGGUGGCUUCAAUACUCCUGGGCCUCGUGGCUGUAUUUGUGGCUGUGACUGGGAUGAAAUGCAUGAAGUGCAUGGAAGAUGACCAGGUGAAGAAGAUGCGGAUGGCUGUCUUCGGUGGGGUGAUCUUCAUCAUUGCAGGUUUGGCAGCGCUGGUGGCCACGUCAUGGUAUGGCAACAGAGUGGCUCGGGCCUUUUAUGACCCUUUCACCCCUGUCAACACCAGGUUUGAGUUUGGAUCAGCUCUCUUCAUAGGCUGGGCAGCUGCUUCUCUGGCCAUGCUGGGGGGAGCCUUCCUCUGCUGCUCCUGUCCACGGAGAGAAACUUCAUAUCCACCCAGCCGAGGCUAUCCGAAAAAUGCCCCCUCCACAGGGAAGGAUUACGUAUAAUGAAACAAAGAGGAGGAGCCACCAGAACUGGUAGUGAAAGCAUUUUGGAGAGGACACUACAAUGCCACUGUCCUGAGCAGAGUUCAGACUCUGGGUUCUGCCUUCCUCUUCUCCCAAAAAUUUGUAUAUUUUUGUAAUCCUCUUUGCUACUGGACAUAACUUCUCCUUUCUCUCCCAGCCCGUGGAGGAAGGCUAGCCUAGGUUCAUAGGUAUUGCCACUGGAAAGAUGAAACCUCCAAGCUUGGGUUAAGUUUAGUACUUGGGAGUAAAAGGGAAAAAAGAUACUGGUUUUUUUAGAUGGAUGUUGGUGCUUUUUUAGUUUUUUUAUUUUAAAAAAAUAGUUGGUAACAAUUCAGUCCCAUAUCCCAUUAAGUUAGAGCCCAGUGUGGUGUGUGUAGAGAUUAAAGGAACAUAUAUUCCAUACAAAGUGAUGAAACCAAUAGCUUAAGGGGAAACAUAAUUUUAGGGAAAAGACUUUACAUGUAGGAAUGUUUGAAGAGAUCUAAAAUGCUCCUGUACUGUCUUAUUAUCGUCAUCUUCAGCACCCUCCUUUUUGUGCAGAUUGACAUGACAAAGGGUCAAACACAAUUAAAUUGCUGU